AUGGACAGAGGAUCCUGGCUGGCUACAGUCCAUGGUGGUCAUGAGUUGGACACAACUUUGCAACUAAAGCACCACAUGAUGAGAGACAUACAGAGAGUAUGUGUUAUUUUCACCUUGAUAUAUAAUCCUAGAAUCUAUGCAAAGAAUAGAGUCUUUUUCUUAAUAAGUUCUAUUUCCUCCCAAUACAGAAAAUACUUGUACAAAAAUAUCUAUUACUGGACAGUUUCAGGAGCUCCCCUGGUGGUUCAGACAGUAAAGAAUCUGCCACCUAUAUGGGAGACCAAGGUUCCGUCCCUGAGUUGGGAAGAUCCCCUGGAGAAGGGAAGGGUUACCCACUCCAGUAAUGUGGCCUGGAGAAUUCCAUGGACAUAG